UACCACCAGGGAGGUCCCAUUAUUGCAGUGCAGGUGGAGAAUGAGUAUGGUUCGUUUAAUAAGGAUAAAGAUUACAUGCCGUAUCUUCAAAAGGCCCUGCUGAAAAGAGGGAUUGUGGAGCUGCUCUUGACCUCAGAUUCUGCAAAAGAAGUGCUAAGAGGCUCCAUAAAAGGAGAUGUUGUAAAAACUGUGUCGAAAUUUAUCAAAUUUGAGAUUUCCUUCAAUGUGUAUAUGUUCCAUGGUGGAACCAACUUUGGUUUCAUGAACGGGGCCAUAAAUUUUGGGAAGCACAGAGGUGUCGUCACUAGCUAUGACUAUGAUGCUGUGCUGACCGAGGCCGGGGAUUACACAAACAAAUAUUUCAAGCUUCGAAAACUCUUUGGAUCCAUUUUAGCGUUUCCCCUGCCCCCCUUACCUGAGCUCACUCCCAAGGCUGUGUAUCCUUCUGUGAGACCAUCCCUUUACUUGCCACUAUGGGAUGUACUAAAGUACUUAAAUGAGCCAGUCAUAUCUAAUAAACCAGUCAACAUGGAGAAUCUUCCCAUAAAUGAUGGAAAUGGUCAGUCCUAUGGAUUCAUACUGUACGAGACUCCCAUCUGCUCUGGAGGUGAGCUCCAUGCUGAUGUUCAAGAUACAGCACAGGUGUUUUUGAAUGAGACAAGUAUAGGAAUUCUGAGUGAUAGUAAUCAGAACUUGGACAUUCCUGAAGUCAGGGAAUGUCAACUUCUAAGGAUCCUGGUGGAAAAUCAAGGACGAGUCAAUUUUUCAUGGAAAAUUCAAGGUCAGCAAAAAGGAUUAACUGGAUCUGUUACCAUCAAUAAUAUUCCCUUGGAGCGUUACACUAUCUAUUCUCUGGAAAUGAAAAUGAACUUCUUUGAGAGACUCCGCUCUGCCACCUGGAGGCCCGUCCCAAAUAACUUUCUGGGCCCUGCCUUCUACCUUGGUACCUUGAAGGUUGGCUCUUCUCCCAAGGACACCUUCCUGAGGCCACUGAACUGGAAUUAUGGAUUUGUGUUCAUCAAUGGACACAACCUUGGGCGAUAUUGGUAUAUUGGACCACAGGAAACACUUUAUCUUCCUGGUGCCUGGCUUCAUCCAGAAGACAAUGAGAUCAUCCUGUUUGAGAAAAGCAAAAGUGGUUCAUACAUCCAAACUACAGAUGGACCCAUGCUUUAGACUAUCUUAUAUUUCGUGGAUUGUUGGAGUUCAUCUACAAGCAGUGUUUCAGGAGGAAGAUUUACAUCUAGAAUUUCAGACACAGUGUUGUCUGCAAUAGCAAAAAUAUGAAAAUAGCCUAAAAAAUCAACAGGGAAAUUGUUAUGUAUAUUAUGGUAUAUCCAUAUGAUUCCUAGUUUUAGGCUUUAAAAAGUCUUCAAAACUGCAAUGACUGAUUUAUAUAGCUAAAUGCUUAA